UACAAAAAGCGCACGUGAUUUUAGGAGGAGUUUUAUUAUUUUUCUCCCCCUCCACAGAAUCAAUUGGCCCAAUAAAAAAUUAUAGACACCUCAAUUUUCUCUCCCCAUUUUGUUCGCUAAAAAAACUCCACGAUCGAAACCCUAGAUUCUCUCCUGCUGGUCAAACUGGGUCUGAUCGCCUCUCAAUAACCCUUUGAAUCCGACCGUACCUUAUCAAAUUUGAUUGAUGAUCUGUUGAGAAGUUUAGUUUUCUUACAAAUCUUAAUUAGGUUGGUUUUGGUUAGGUGAAAGUUUCGAUCUUUCACUCAAAUUAGGUAAUUUUCUGCUUGAAUUAGGGGUUUCAGCUGAACCGAAGCUGGAAAAAGAUGAAGUGUAAGGUUUACAUGAGUUCUUGAUCAAGAAAGUUGCGAGCUUUUUAGCUGAUUUAGUCGAAAUAAGUUGCCCUAAAUCGUAAAUUUCUCAGUUCUCAGCUGAACGAGCAGAAAGAAAUGAUCGUUGGUGGGAAUUAGGGUCUUGAUCUGUAAGCCAGUAAAGAAAAAGGGUACUGAAGAAAGUGAAUCGAGGAUGCAAGGUCGAAACAGAAACCCUUACUCCAACGAUGGAAGAGGGUACAACUCCAAUUACCGUAACUUCAACAGGAGCAGCAGCGGGAGCUUCGGCCGCAACAAACCCUACCUCCCUCCUCCUCCUCCUCCUCCUCCUCCUCGUCGCAAAGAGGAAAUCCUCAUGCACGCCGGCCGGCUGGCUGCCGAGUACUUAGUCUAUAAGGGUUUGCUCCCUCCUGAGGUACUUACAUCCAAGAGGCAUAAUGGUGACUAUCAAGAUUUCAAAGGGCAUAACCGAGAUUUUCCGGUUCCUGAUGGCCGGACCUCGGCCUUAAACAGGCUUGGGAGCUUGAAUUCUGAUAUGGGCUAUGGUAGAAGAAGGUACAGUGACGACUAUAAUGAUCGGAUGGGGCCGAGAGAUCAGUUUCGAGGGAAGAAGAGAAUGAGUCCUUAUGGUAGAGAGUAUGGGUCGGAUUGGGGAAGAGAGAAUGGGAGAUGGAUGGGGAGGAAUAGAGGGUUCAAUGAUAUGGAGGAUGAAGAUGAUUUUGCUCCUGGGUAUUCUAGAGAUAGGAGGAGUGGGUUCGAUCAGUUGCCAUCGAGGAGUGAAAACACGAUGGAGUCUGGGUCGGAGAAUCAUGAGAUUGUUGAGGAUACGGGAUCAAAAGCUAGCUCUUCAAGCACUAGGAAAGAAUUAGAUGGGGAUUUGAGUAAAGCUGUGGCUGAUGAUGGUAAAGCUAUCAAUCAAGAAGCUGGAGAUGAAGCGAAGAGCAAUGCACUGGUGGAGGAGUCUGAUGUUCAGCCCUCUGAAACUGAAGAAGAUAGCAAGAAUGGUGAUGAUUUAAAGAAACUAUGCAGUUUUGCAAGUGUACCCACCAAGCCUCGAUCAUCGUCAGCUCAAAGAAGCCCGAAGAAAGAUCAAGAACCCACUGCUGAAGCAAGUAUCACAGCUGAAGGUUCUUCUGUGGAAGAUAAUGAGGGGGAUGGUUUGAAAGAGUUACCUACAGAUCAAACUGGUAUGAAAAGCCAAGAACCUGAGAAUCUGGAGAUUACAGCUGAUCAGCCCGUGGUAGAAUCUAACCAACAACAAGAACUCAGUCAGAAUCCACAAGGUUUUGGGUCUUCGACAAUUGGUGAAAUAGAAGAGUCUAACAAAAAGGAGGGAGUUAAGAGGCAGCGUGAGUCUUCAUCAGGGGAUGAGCCCUCCCGAAUGCAUAACGUGAGAGCAAAACAAUCAAGCCCAGAAAUUGAGAAACCUCUAAUAGAUGAAGAACAGGUUGAACCAGUAACAGUUGUUGAAAGAUUGCCUAUGGAUGAAGAGAUGGUUGCUCCGGUUUCAAGCGAUCAGGAAAAACCACUUGUUGAUCCUUUCAUUCCAAAAGUUGAAACUGAACUGAACGAUAAAGUGGAAGAAGAUAAGGAGCUUCUUCCUUCGUCAUUUAAGAUUUGUGAUCUCAACCUUAUGCAAGGCCCUGAAAUAACUGAGAUUCCUGAUGAUCCUGAUCCUGAGCACCUUCGCUCUUCUACCCCUAGACAAGAAACUGGAAAGGAACUGGCUAUGGAUUUUGGCCUUUCUAUAGGUAAUAAUAGCAACGGAGGUGAUGAGUUUGGCAGGCUUUCAGGUGAUGAGAAAGUGGUCCAAGUAAUUGAUCUAGAAGAUGAUACUGCAAUAAAUGCUGGUGCCGGUGACUCUUCAAAACCAAAGGAUGAACCAAUAUAUCCAAAUCUUGAUAGCUUCCUGAACCAACCAGAGCAUGCUGAUCUUUCUGGCAUUCAGGAUGGAUAUUCUCUUGCAUAUUCAGAAUUCCUUGGGUCUGAUAUCUCAAGAUGUCCAUCGGUUCCCUCUGAUCUUAAUAACCUGGACAAUGGAAUGGGUCUUCAUGAUGCAGAGGGUGUCCCAAAUGACGACGAUUCAAUCUAUGUAUCACUUGGAGAGAUUCCUAUAGGCUUUAUGGAGGUUUGGGACCAGCCACCUCAGGAGUAUGGAAAGUUCUUUUGAUCGAUUAGAUGCAAAAUGGUGUCUUGUUGCAGUUGCGGGUUGCCUUCGUCAUCGCAUCCAGCAGCUGGGUAUGUCUGGAUUAAAUAAAACAUGAUUACAGUUGUAUCAUUAGUUUCAGUUAUUGAGGUUGGUGCAAUAGUGACUUCCUUUGCUGUUUAAGUGCCUGUUGGUCUUUGUUGGAAACUAUUUACCUUUACGGUGUUAAAUUGUUGUAGCUUCUUGAAUCCUUAUCACUUCAAGUAUCAAUAUAUCUUCUGAAGCAUUAGUUUACUUGAA